GACGUCAUCUCUGUUUGAGCAUAAAAACAACCAAGUGGGCGUUGAGAAGAGUUUGGUGCUUUCUUUGCUUUAUCUCCGGAAAGUUUCGAAAAUGGUGCAGCAACUCUCAAAAUGUGGAUCGAAGGAGACUCCCGUGCUGAAGGCUGGCCAUCCUCCGGCAGUCAAGGCUGGAGGUAAACGGGUGGCCAAGAAAAGCUUGGAAGAGAGUGGCACCCAUGGGUCUUCAGAGAAGGAGACCAAGAGGGCUGAUAAACUAAGGACCUUCGGCACGUCCAACAGGAUGCAACAAGUUGGUAUUCUUCUUUCAGGGACUCUUGACAAGCUGAGCCAUGACUUUCCCGAGACACCGGUGAGCGUGAGGCACAGCAAGGUGCGCCCUGCGGUGGAGAAGCCCCACUGCCCGCGUUCCUUCUUCAUCCAGCAGCCGAGGAAGUUUUGAACAAGUUUUGUUUAAGAAUGCCCCAGAGGGAAGCAUGUUAAGUCAACUGUGAAAGACAAACAUGAAGCGUUAGAUACAUGAAGGGGACUGACUGUAAGGUGUCGGUGUUUAUGGAGAGGAAGCUUUCAUCAAGCUCUGUGUUUCUUGUUUAGGCUGUGCUUGUUUGUGAGAAUACUAUGAACCAGCAUUUAAUGUGCCUUUCUUAGUGUUGUAAGAGAAUUGCUCUAGCUGUAUUUCCCAGCUGAUGAAAACCAGAUGGUGUUUGGGUAUGUUUAAUGUGAGGGUUUGGCUUCAAGUGAGUUUUUUCAAACUAUUUUUUCCAGUGAAUUCUUCAUAAUGUAUUGCUUGGCACUUAUUAGAUUUAAUAAAAAAAAGAAAAGAAAUUGCAUGGCA